AUGGCAGAGUUUUUAAUGAGCGAAGCCGAUCUCAUGACCCGACGUCUGCGAAUAGCAUCACCAACGAGACGAACGAGCGCGCUACCCACGAAGCAGCCCCCGAAGCAACCCACUAGGCAACCCAUACCGAAAGCAACGAUGUCGGCACCUCGGCGACAGAUGACGGAUCGUGGCGCGGCCGUAUACGCCGCCGUAGAAAAGAGCGAACAGAGUACCGAAUGUCUCUGUUGCGGCGCCGCACACGUAACGCCGAAGUGUAAGAAGCUGAACGACAUGUCGUUAUCGGACAGAUGGGAGUGGGCGAAAACAAAUAAGAUGUGCUUCCAAUGCAUGAACAGCACGCACAGAAGGUUCAAGUGUAAGGCACGCAAAUGUGGUGUGAGAGAGUGUCGUAAGCCACACCACGCCCUGCUGCAUCCUCCAGAAGAGCCGCUUAAGCGGCAGGAGGACACCGCGAUUACAAGCCGCAGCACGCUUGCCAGAGAACAGCCAAGUGUUGUUAAAGAUCGCAGAACAGAUCGGAGCCGAAGGUCCGACGCGAUCUCUGAGAAUUCAUGGGAAUCGAGCUGGCACGAAGCCUCAAGCCGAGUGGCUGAUGUCAUCAUCAGAGGGCGACACCAUACGGACGAAGAACACUCGGUGAGGGCGCGUACGAUCCGGGAUCUCACCCUAGGAACGCAGCGAGUGAACCCGGAAAUACUCGCGUACGGACACCUGCGACAACUCACUUGCGAGCAAGUGUGCUACGAAGAUGCCAGACCCAAGGUCUUGAUCGGGUCAGACAACUGGCAUCUGAUUGUUACGCGGAAGCUGCUCACAGGAAGGCACAAUCAACCCGCAGCGUCGCUGACACGACUGGGAUGGGUCAUCCACGGAACGGUACCCAGAAGUGUCGUGGAAGACGAGGAACAUGUCCUCCACGUGCGGUUGACACAGCGCAACGCCGAGCCAGACAUGCGGCAUAUAGAGGGCAUAAUAAAAGCGCAUUACGACAUCGACGCGUUGGGUAUAUCGUCGAAGAGAUUACCCAUCGCUAAGGAGGAGCGCGCCGUCGCCACAUUCAACCGCACAGCGACGAGAGUGGAUGGGCGAUACGUCGUAGGAUUGCCGUGGGAGAGAGAUAACGUCGUUCUACCUCCCAGCUACGACAUGGCAGCGAGCCGACUGAGGGGAAUAGAGCGGCGGAUGGAUCGCUCUACGGAAUUCCGGCUGGCGUAUACCGCGGAGAUAAACAAGUUGUUGGACAAGGGUUACGCCGAGAAAGUAACCGACGACCGGUUCAACAACGACCGCGCGUGGUACCUUCCCCAUUUCGGAGUGACGAAUCAGAAUAAACCCGGAAAGCUGCGACUCGUAUUCGACGCCGCGGCCCGUUCGAAGGGAAUGUGCUUGAACGACGUACUGCUGGAUGGGCCAGAUAUGCUACGGUCGCUUAACGGUGUGUUAUACCGUUUCCGCGAGAAGCCCGUAGCUAUCACGGCAGACAUACGAGAGAUGUUCCUGCAGAUUAAGAUACGGGAAGAAGAUAGAGCAGCACAACAGUUUCUGUGGCGAGGAGAUGACAGGAUUAACCCGCCGCAGAAAUACGUAAUGACCUCAAUGAUUUUCGGGGCGAGGAGCUCACCGUUCAUCGCACACAGCGUUCGAGACAGGAACGCGGCAGAGCACCGAGAGUCGCACCCGUCAGCGUACACCGCCAUAACAAGGAACCACUACAUGGACGACUGGUUCGAUAGCUUUGACUCCGAAGAGGAAGCAGCCCGCGCCAUUCGAGAGGUAGUAGAGGUUCAUGGCGGGAUAGGAUUCACGCUGGCGGGUUGGAAUACAAACCGACCGAGCCUGCUAGAGAAUGUGACCGAAGACCAGCUGGCGUUCAACACCGGCAUGCCACGCGUCCCACGAGAAGUGAAGCACGGCACGCGGAUACCGACGAAAAGGGAAGCCUUAGGAGCGGUGAUGUCAUUGUUCGACCCGCUCGGGCUGCUGAGCCCUUACACCAUCACGGCAAAAAUCAUCUUGCAGGCGCUGUGGGUGCAGAAGGUCGAAUGGGAUGACUCUCUGCCCGCCGAGGAAGCGCGGAUGUUCCAGGAAUGGAGAGAUGACUUAGCCUAUAUAGAGGAACUGAGAUUGCCGCGAUGGUAUGGCACGAACGACAGCCAACGGUCGCAACUGCACGUAUUCACGGACGCAAGCGAACAGGCAUAUGCCACAGCCGCGUAUUGGAGGACGGAACGCGAGGAUCGUAGCGUUAACGUCGUCCUGGUAGCAGCCAAAGCGAGGGUAGCGCCCAUGAAAGCGCAGAGUAUACCCCGGAUGGAGCUUCAGGCGAGCCUGAUUGGAGCCCGACUGGCCGCUGACAUAUUGAAAGAACAUAGUCGCGAGGCCGAAGUCUUCCUAUGGACGGACUCGAAAACGGUGCUACACUGGAUAAGGAACGACACCGUCAGAUAUACUCCAUACGUGGCUCAUCGUUUGGCAGAAAUCGCCGAACUGACGAAACCGACACAGUGGCGCUGGGUACCGACUGCCCACAACGUAGCCGACGACGCGACCCGCGCGGGAUACACACAAAUGACCGCUGCCGACAGAUGGUUUGUCGGGCCGGCAUUUCUGUACGCUCCGGAGCAAGAAUGGCCUCAUGAGAGCGAGCCCGUCCCAGCAGAGAUGGUAGCACACGUCCGGGAGGAGACAGAACCCGUGAUCGACAUUGCACGGUUCUCUUCAUAUGACCGAGUGAGGAGGACCAUGGCGCAAGUGCUACUGUUCGCAGAUAAAUGCAGGCGACGGGCACAGAAGCUAGGCACAGAGCAUUUCGCCAAAGCGGAGCAACUAAUAAUACGGCAGGCGCAACAGGACAGUUUCCCGAAGGAAACGCGGUGUCUACGCGAAGGAAAGACCGUAGAAGGACAAGUCGUCUGUUCCGCCUGGAUCCCGUUUACAAGGAUGGCAUAA